CAGAGAAAACAAGCUAAAGCUGCCAAAAUGGUUGAGUGGACAGACUUCGAGCGUGCCACCAUCAAGGACAUCUUUUCCAAGAUCGACUCUGGAGUCGUGGGUCCUGCAGCUCUUUCCAGGUGUCUGGUCGUUUACCCAUGGACUCAGAGGUAUUUCGGCAAAUUCGGAAACCUCUACAACGCCGCCGCGAUCACGUCGAACCCCAACGUUAGCGCCCACGGAAAAGUCGUCCUCGAGGGUCUGACCCUGGCUGUGCAGAACAUGGACGACAUCAAGGCCACGUACGCAGAGCUGAGCGUGCUGCACUCUGAGAAGCUGCAGGUGGACCCAGACAACUUUAGGCUGCUGGCCGACUGUCUGACCAUUGUGGUUGCUGCUCAGAUGGGUAAAGACUUCACUCCUGAGGUGCAGGCAGCUUUUCAGAAGUUCUUGGCUGUGGUGGUGUCCGCUCUGGGGAAACAAUAUCACUAGAGACCUGCAGCGGAAGACGACAUCAUCACUGUCUGUUAGAGUCUAUUUUAACCAUGUGUCAAAAGUAAAUAAAACCUUUGAAGUAAAUAGAUCGAUUGUUUGCC